AUGACAAGGGAAAACGAAGGCGAGGACUUCAGCAAUGAAGAAGACUGGAGAACCGAGAUUCACUGUUAUCUUGAAGAAGGUACAUUACCAACAAAACUGAAGCAGUCCAUGAAAAUACAAUCAAAGGCACGGAGAUACGACCUUCGUGAUGGAUUAUUAUACAAUAAGUCCUUUCUCGGACCGCUGCUACGAUGUCUAUCCAGAGAGGAGGGGCAUCGUAUUUUGAAGGACAUUCAUUACGGGGACGCAGGUAACCACAGCGGAAUGAGAUCACUGGCGGAUAAAGCAAAAAUUCAGGGAUACUAUUGGCCCCAGAUGAUGCGAGACGCUGCCAGGAUGUCCAGGAGAUGCGAAGAAUGUCAGCGGUUUGCUAAGAAAAUUCACGCUCCUGCGACGAAGCUGAAUUCGGUGGAUAAUCGUUGUCCAUUUUCAAAAUGGGGUGUAGACAUCGUUGUCCCCUUGAUCGAAGGAUUAGGGAAAAGGUUUAGCAUUCCCGCAGAAAUUGUCUCGGACAAUGGCAAGCAAUUACAGGGGAAAAACAUAGAUAUGCUCUUUGAUACUUUCAAAAUCAGAAAGAACAAAUCAACCCCAGAGUAA